CCACCGUCCAGCCCGCUGCCGCCCCCACCCUCCAGCCCGCUGCCGCCCCCGCCCUCCAGCCCGCUGCCGCCCCCACCUUCCAGCCCGCUGCCGCCCCCGCCCUCCAGCCCGCUGCCGCCCCCACCCUCCAGCCCGCUGCCGCCCCCGCCGUCCAGCCCGCUGCCGCCCCCGCCCUCCAGCCCGCUGCCGCCCCCACCGUCCAGCCCGCUGCCGCCCCCACCCUCCAGCCCGCUGCCGCCCCCACCCUCCAGCCCGAUGCCGCCCCCACCGUCCAGCCCGCUGCCGCCCCCACCCUCCAGCCCGCUGCCGCCCCCGCCCUCCAGCCCGCUGCCGCCCCCACCUUCCAGCCCGCUGCCGCCCCCGCCCUCCAGCCCGCUGCCGCCCCCACCCUCCAGCCCGCUGCCGCCCCCGCCGUCCAGCCCGCUGCCGCCCCCACCAUCCAGCCCGCUGCCGCCCCCGCCGUCCAGCCCACUGCCACCCCCACCCUCCAGCCCGCUGCCACCCCCACCAUCCAGCCCGCUGCCGCCCCCACCCUCCAGCCCACUGCCGCCCCCACCCUCCUAUCCGCUGCCGCCCCCACCCUCCAGCCCGCUGCCGCCCCCGCCAUCCAGCCCGCGGCUUCCUCCGCCGUCCAGCCCGCUGCCACCCCCACCCUCCUACCCACUGCCGCCCCCGCCGUCCAGCCCGCUUCCGCCCCCACCCUCCAGCCCGCUGCCGCCCCCGCCCUCCAGCCCGCUGCCACCCCCACCAUCCAGCCCGCUGCCGCCCCCACCCUCCAGCCCGCUGCCGCCCCCGCCAUCCAGCCCGCGGCUUCCUCCGCCGUCCAGCCCGCUGCCACCCCCACCCUCCUACCCACUGCCGCCCCCGCCGUCCAGCCCGCUUCCGCCCCCACCCUCCAGCCCGCUGCCGCCCCCGCCCUCCAGCCCGCUGCCACCCCCACCAUCCAGCCCGCUGCCGCCCCCACCCUCCAGCCCGCUGCCGCCCCCACCCUCCAG